AUGCCUCGUAUAGGCGAAGGGCUAACAAAUGCUCCGCUCGUCCUCUAUCAGUCUGGCAGCUUGGGCGGCUAUCAGUCGUCCGCCAUCUUGAUCCCUGACACGAGUUCGGCCAUUGUCGUCCUCUCCAAUACCCUUGCGAACCAGCAUGCCGCAGACUGGAUAGCACAAGCCGUACUUGAAGCGCUUCUCGACGUCCCACACCCCACCAACUUCGUGGCUCUAGCACGAGAGGCUGCAGCAGAGAACGCCAUGCUCUUCUCUUACAUGCGUCAAGUCAUGGUUGCUGAGCGCGUUUUCGGGACCACAUGUCGAAGCCUCGAUACUUACGUUGGCAUCUACGACAACGCAGUCAAGACAUUCAGACUCGAAGUAUCCUCUGGCGAAGCAGGACUGAGGAUCUCCUUCAACAGCAGUCGUGAUUGGUAUAAGCUGAAGCACUACCAUUACGACACUUUCUCUUUCGAGAUGAACUACCUGGACUUCUUGAAGAAAGAGAUGCGGCCGGUGACGUAUUGGAGAUAUUUCCUGCUGGAGUUUCGUGAGAGCAUAGAGGGGGCAGAUGGGACCAUUGGGAUCAUUGUAUGGAGGCCUGAUCGCAUGGUUGAGAAAGGCGAGGCAUUUGUGAAGCGGACGGCUGCUGAAGGAGUGGCGGAGGCCUCGCGAGCGGUGAGCUGA